AUGGAUAGGAAGAAUGGGCACUCGUCCGUGAACCCUGUCCAGUAUGCGCCCCACAAGUACUCUGCAGACGAGAGAGCGGGCUCCUCCGAGACGGCAAGCAUCUCGACUUCAAGCGAGAGCGAUCUCUCCGACUUCUUCGACUUCCCUGCCUACUACGGGGGCGACGGGGAGACAGAUGUAACCACACCCUCCGAUGCGCCCUCACCGGUUACCAAUACGCCGGAACUGAGACCGGCCGGGUACACCCCCACGAGGGUUGUUGACCAUGAUGGGGAUACCCCCAUGUCCGACGCCCCCUUGGACCAUGAGGAAGUACAACUUCCUCUCAUCUGGCCAAAUAUCCCUGGUCCCCACCCCCGCCGGGACAGCAGCAUCUUGCUGGAAGGGUCUUUGUCACCCCCAUCGUCACCAUCCUCCAGUGCCGCGUCUCCGCCAACGUCUCCCACAGUGCUAUCACCAGCCGCAGACAUGCGGCUGGACGUACGGCCACUGGCCGUAGUACCCCAGCACAAGACGAGGAUUCUCAAGGACAGGCGGAAAACAAGCAACGUGAGGAAAAUCGGAUCUUGCUACUAUUGCAAGAUGAGCAAACAAGGGUGUGGGGAAGGCGAAGUUUGCGCGGGAUGCAGCAAACGACCAUGCCCCGACCGCGCGUGUAUCCGGACAUCGCUGUCGAAACUCACCCCCACUCGGUUCUUCCGGUGGAAUUGGAACAACUCAAACCCCAUGCAAUGCCGUGAUGUCUUCACUGGCGGCGGCAUGCAGAAUCUCUUCAUUUCCUGUUCGGAGAGCAUUGAAAGUCGAUGUGUGAGGCUCGAGGCCGUCGCGCCGCCGAACCCGACCGACUUCGAAAUGAAAGGUCAGCGACCGAGGUGGGAGAUUGCCAUCCAACAAUGGGUAGAGCAACAGAUUCGGGCCGACAAGCGGACCGAUUUCGAGGCCGAGAUGGAUAAAUUGCUCCUUGAACUUGACUGCCGCCGUCGUGCGGGUGGGCGGGAUAACAAAGGCCAACUGCUCGAGCCAUUGCUGUCCAAGAUUUUCAGCAUGCGGUGCAUGUGGCGGAUCUGGAGCUGCGAGAGACUGGUUUUCCGCGAACGGCCCGGAUCACCGCCCCUGCCAUUCGACGACCGCUUUGAGUUGAUUCAAGACUCCCUCCGGGUGCGUACCGGCCGAAGAAUUUCGGAACUCGAACGGGAAAUCAUCAGCGAGCUUGAGGUGUAUAUUGCCCAGAAAGAACCAAAGGAGGUAUCCCCAGGGCCGAAACCGACGCGCGGUGCUGCUCCCGUCAUCAAAUGGGUCUUGUUGUGGCAUAUGAUGCUACUCUAUCGCCAAUCCAUACACUGGCUGCUGGAGCAGCAACAGACCAAAGCUACAACGACAGAAACACUAGCGGACCCUGAUGACAGUGGGAGACAUACCUUCCGGGAGAACACACAGCGGCUGUUUGAGGCGAUUGUCGUGAUCUACUCGGCCGUCUUCCAGAAGGCAACGACCGUGGCUAGAACCAAGGACGCGAGCCCUCAGGUAUUCGAGGAGGACCGGGAGCUAUAUGCGAUAUACCAAAGGGCCUGGCGGGCGCUCCCUGAGUUUUACCGACGAGUGGCUCGCCAGGUUUCCCCUGCCGACAACCUCUUUACCGCUUUCAUCGUCACAAAAGAAUCGGAAAUUUUGGCGGCCCGUCCAGCCCGGAAGUGA